GGUUAUAUAGUACAAAAUCGAUACGUAGUGUUAUCACAGGCAAAGACACUGGAAAAUGUAAAUAUACAUGUAUAAAACGAUGCUAAAUUAACAUUAAGAGAAUCAAUUAAUAAUUAAGUAAGGAAUCAUUCGACAUAUUCCUGGUUUGUCUUUAUGCAGGGUUAAACAAGCCGGCCGCUAUUAAAGAAUUGUUUACUUACACUCAAAAACCAACAUAUAGAGCGCAUACAGCCUACUCCUGAUAUAUUGAAAUUCAGGAGACCAUGCAAAUUAUUUCAAUAUAACCCUAUUUCAGUAUAAGCGAAAUCGACUGACGUGAAGCCGCCAGUUUUAAAAUUUUCAAUCCUGAUCUACGAUAUGAAAAAAAGUUUUUAACCCGAACAAAUUAAUUGGUCAUCGUUUAUCCAUUACAGUGAACAGAUUACAUGGAAUACUAGUCCUUGAAAGUUUUUAUUUUGUAAAAGCAGUAUAAAAACAGCUAGAUAAGGUGAGAACUUAUCAACUUACACCUUUGUAUCUAUAUACAUGUAUCAACCGGUCAGUCCGGCAUAAUUACUGUCACUAAGUGUGACGAAAGCUGCUGUGGAGUACUUCAAUAUUUCACCGUUGUGAAAACAACUCAUCAUCUCUGAAGACCGAUCAGUGACUUCGAUCUAUUUCAAAAUGAGCGGAAUUUCGGUAUAAUCGAUUUCAAUAAAAGUGGAGUAAGCUGUAACGGGUCUUGUAUUGAAAAUUUGGAUUCUAGCAUUUUGAACAUUACAUAAAAUGCACAUACAAAGCACACACAAUGGACAUGAUUCAUUUGAAGACUGCGAAGAGCUGCAGCAGUUCAUAGACUUAUGAAUUCGAACUCUUAAAUUUAAACUCUUGGUAAAUGAACAUAAAUCAGUUGGGUAGAUUUUUUCUUUUAGAAAUUUAUUGUGACAAAAGAAACCACUCUUCUCUAUAUUUUAUUUAUUGUUUUAUCUCUUGAUAAAUCUCUUGAUAUCUCUAUCUCUUGAUACCAUAUUUUGUGGUUAUAUAAUACGAUAUACAUAUUCAAUAUUAUUCUCUAUAAUAUAAAAUACGGUAUUUUCUGAACAGUGUAUGAUAGUUUCUUCAUAUCAUGUACAUGUACGAUGAUUACGUUCAUCAUGAAUUUUUGAGAAUAUGUGAACAACACGAGGCAUUCAAAUAAAUUAUAUUUUUCAUCAAAAGGUGUGGUGCUAUGUAAAAUGUGCAUUAAUUAGAAGACUGUUAAAAAAUGACGUAUUUUGUAGCAGGGGGUUAAUGCACUAUAAAUGUAGAUAUAAAACUCAAAAUAAGAUGUAUAUUCCUUUUUAUUAAUAAACAAAUUAAAGUUAAACUUGGUACAAAUGUAUAAACGUUACUGACGUUUUUAAAUUCGAAUGUACAUUAGGGCUUGUUAAUCAUAAUGCAUUAUUUAUAAUAUAAAGUCUGUUGAACUCACGAUGAACUCCAUUACGUCUGGAGAGAAUCUGGUCAUUGUGAAAUAUCAUAAAAUGUGACCCCAAGCAUCUGUGUCAGCACAUCUAAAUUUAAUGAGAUUGGAUACUCAGUCAACGGUGGCAUAUCUACAAUCCAAAAAAUUUCAAGCUAUAGUAUAAUACAUAUGGGCCUAUGUGUCUUUGAAAAUAUAUUUUACUAAGGAUAUUUGCGUGUUUCCGAUUGAGUGGAAUACUUGUCUUGUUUGUUUGGGUUUUUUUUAAGGUUUUAAAUGAAAAUUUACUAAACAUUACUUGCUACAUGCAUUGAUGGAUUUUUCAUUUGCAUGUCACAAAAAAAUCCGGAAAUAUCUUGUUCAACGAAUGGACUAGAUAUUAUGCUACUUCCUGCUAUUUCAAGUUAAAUGCGCGGGCAUGUUUAGACUUCCUUAGUUACGUAAUAGUAUUAGAAGCUGCGUUUUCGUGACUCCCAAAGAUUGAUAGUUUGUGAAUACUAUCAAUCUUUGCCUUCGCCCAUCGAUUCGUCGAAAGUGUCCGGUGCUCGUGUGUGGUUCUACAUUGUUCAAUUGGAACAGUUUAUCAACAGUAAAUUUAUUUUUAGUCUUAAAUUAAACUCAGAAACUUGAAAGGCCGUAUUUGGAUAUCUUGGAAAUCAUCGUGUCCAAAGAUGAAGGACACUACGAUUGUGAAAUGUGAAGUCCUGCCCAAGCGUGAACCAAUUGUAGUAAAUCGGGACGUUUGGUACAGCUUCAUGAGCAAAGAGGAUGCCGACCCUCAGGCCUGCUGGCUUGAGAGGAAGCGGCAAGAGAGGAUGAAAGCUGAAAAAGCUGCCCUGGGAACUUCUACAUCUAGAAUUUCUACACCUACUAAUUCCUCCUCUGGGUCUUUGGUCUUGGACUCCUUGAAAUUGAGAUAUAUUCAGCAGAAGGUGAACAGAAACCAAAACCAGACACCUUCUCCACCAAGUUCAGUUUCUUCACCAAGUUCAGUGUCAUCAACUGUAUCGGAUGAUGAGGUCCCCAGAAAUCUUAAAACGGACUCAGAUGAUGAGGUUCCCGGAAACCUUAAAAAAUCAUCUUCCAGGGCUGAAAAUGAAACAGAGGCUGCACCACUCUCAGGCCAUAUACAGGCUUCUAACAGCAAACACUAUGCCAAUAUCGGCCAAUAUUUGAAUGAAAUCUACCACAAAGAACAGAUUUGUGACAUUUCAUUCAAACUGGGCAGCAUCAUUUACCCGGUGCAUAAGGUCGUCCUUGCUAGUCAGAGUCCUUUGUUUGAAAAGUUGUUUAACAGCAAGGACUUUACUCAGCCACCCAUCAGACCUAGGCAAAUUAGGGUUACUGGUGUUUCCGAUGAGGCUAUGAAAAUAUUCCUAAAUAGCAUUUAUUCUGGUGAUAUCAAUCUCAUGAAUCCUGAUUGUCUGCAUGAGGUACUUGAUCUCUCUCGGAUGUUUGAAGUGCAGCAAAUCACACAGAUGUGUUUGAAGAAAAUCUCCUCUCUUGGUCACCAUGACAUGCUGAAACUAUUGCAAAAGAUGAGGAGGCAUAAAGAUGUUCAACUUUGUGACAUUCUGAUGGAUGGCAUAGCCAAAAAUUUUAUGGAUAUUAGGAACAGUUCCUCUUUCUACGGCUUAGAUGUUGACACCCUCUGCAUGAUUUUGUCCAAUGAAAGGCUUGAUGUUAAUUCAGAGAUGGACAUUUUUGAGUGCACUGUAAGUUGGCUUCACCAUCAUAAGGAGGAUCAAAUGAAGAAUCUGGAGAGAGUGAUGGAUACCGUGAGGUUCUCACACCUAUCAAGCCAGCAAUUGAUGGAAUGCUUUGUAAAAUGUCCCCCCCUUAAGCAGAGCCCCCAUUGUGUGGGCUUGAUCACUAUGGCCAACUGGGUUCAAACCUCGAUCAGCCUCAAUCAGCAAGAUCCUCUGAAUCUGGAGAUUCAAGAACCUAGGAGCCUUGCCAACAGUGGAGGGAGUGUUGAGCAAUAUCUAAAGACACACUGUAGCUCUGAGUUCAAGGAACCCGAUGUCAAUUAUGACAUUGUUCUAAUGACUGAGGAUGCUGUCGAGGAUUUUAAUCGUCAUGCCUGUUCCCAAAGUCAAAGCUCGUCCACCAUUUCUGCACCUUGUAUCAAGCAAUACAGGGAUUCAAAAUGGUGUAUGAUGAACGACAACCUGCAUUGGGAUCAUAAUCAUACCAAACCAAGCUUAACUGGACUACAAAGCAUGGAUUGUAUGAUGGGGAGGAAACCAAAGCAAAAAGAUGUUUCCAUAGUAGAGGGGAAAAGCAACGACUGUGUCAAACAUGUCAAAAAGAAAAGGAGUAAACGACAUAAAAAACAGGACCACUCUGAUGGUAGUAAAGAGGAUACCAGAAAGGCGAUGGUGUGGGGAGGAGACCAGUGGUACAUGGUCGGUGGAGCCAGGUACAAAGAUUCGGAGUGUCCCUCCCCCACUAAUAAAGUAUUGGUGUACUCGUACGAGACCAAAGAGUGGAGACCAGUGGCUCCAUUGAAUAUUGCCAGGAUGGAGCAUUCCCUUUGUGAAGUAGAUGGCUAUAUAUAUGCUAUUGGUGGAAUAGGUGAAGGAAAUCGCUUGCUUUCAUCGGUGGAGUGUUAUAAUCCUAGAACCAAUUGUUGGUUCUUUGUGAAGGCACUCCCUGAGCCCAGGGCUGCUGCCUCUACCUCGGCUGAGGGGGGCAAUGUUUGUCUGAAAGGGGGAUACAGUCAAAUGAAUCAUGGGCAGCCCUCCAGUUUUUACUAUGAGAACAAAGUUGAAUUAUUCUACAACAUGGAAACCAAUAAGUGGUUAAGAAAAUACUGAGGCCCAUCUUUUCUGGAGUUUUUUAUUCUUUAAGGACAAUUUAAAAUCUGAACUUCUUUAUUAUCAGUGUAAUAUUUUUUGUUUUAGAAACAUUGAUGUUAAAUGGGGCAAAAGUAAUUAAAUUGUAUGCAACUGUG